CUCCGUCCGUCUCUGACCUCCGUCUCUAACCUCCGUCUCUGACCUCCGUCCGUCUCUAACCUCUGUCUCUGACCUCCGUCUCUAACCUCCGUCUCUGACCUCCGUCUCCAACCUCCGUCUCUGACCUCCGUCCGUCUCUAACCUCCGUCUCUAACCUCCGUCUCUAACCUCCGUCUCUCUCUCUCUCUUCAGCGUCGACCGGAAGAAUAACGUCCACUACCUGAUCAAGUGGAGGGAGCUGGCCUACGAUCAGGCGACCUGGGAGGCGGAGGACAUGGACGUCCCUGAGUUUGAUGUCUUUAAGGUUCAGUACUGGAACCACAGGUGAGGAGCAGACUCAGGUGGAGGUCUGACCCCGAGAGUCCGGGUUUGUUAACUGUGAGUUUGUUUGUCUCAGAGAGCUGAUGAUGGGCGAUGAAGGAAAACCCGGGAAGAAGAUUAAAGUGAAAGGACGAGUGAAGCGGCCCGACAGACCUCCAGAGAACCCCGUGGUGGAUGUGAGUCUGCAGACCAGCCCUCCAGGUUCUUGUUAUGGUUCUGAACCUGGCUCGGUUUUCUGAAGGUUCUGUGUUUGAUCUUCUGUCUCCAGCCGACCAUCAAGUUCGAGCGUCAGCCGGAUUACCUGGACAGUACGGGCGGCACGCUGCACCCCUACCAGCUGGAGGGUCUGAACUGGCUGCGGUUCUCCUGGGCUCAGGGGACCGACACCAUCCUGGCCGAUGAGAUGGGUCUGGGGAAGACGGUGCAGACGGCCGUCUUCCUCUACUCGCUGUACAAAGAGGUGAGGGGGCGGGUCAUGUGACCCCUGAGGACAAACCGAAGUUUACUCUGAAGGUCGGACAGGAGGCGAUCUUUGACCUUCACUCUUGAACUCGAACCCGGAGCCGUUUCAGGGUCAUUUACUCCUGACGUUCUAAAGUAAAUCAGUAACAGCUCGUCAUCGUCGGGCCGAGGUCGAUGAGAGGCGAUCAGCUGUGACCUUUAAAGUGUUGGAAUGGUUUCAGAAAAAUUACAGAAUAAAAAUCGGAAUUUUAUCUCCGUCUAAAAUAAAAAACAGUUUUAAAACGAUCGUCUAAAUCCUGUUUGUUAAAGUCUUUUCUACCGUUCAGGCAGUUAUAACAGAUAAAAAUACAAAAGACAUGAAUAAUCGAAAACAGAUGAGAUGAUUUUAAAAUAUCGAUCAUGAAAUCUGGAGUAAAGUUCAGAUUGUUUAUUAUUGAUCAUCUCUGUUGUUUGUUUAUUGAUCUUGGACAUUUGAGAUGUUACUCAGGAGUCAGAAACACGAACAGCCGUCCGGCUUUUUUCAAGAUGGCUGUGGUGGUAGUCGUGGUUACAACAACAAAACACGAGUCGACUCGCUGCGCCGUGCGUCCCGUCCGCUGUCUGUUGUCCUGAGCGUUAGCAUUUAGCAUCGCCGUAGCUACUUGGCUUCGCGCUGCAGGGCUGCGCAGGCGUGUUUCUCAGCCAAUCGGUGGGGAGGACCCGGAUCAACCCCUCGUCUGAGAGCCUCACAGAAGUCAAACUGAACUGAGUCAUCCGAUCGCUGAAUAGAUGGGCGGGUACGGACAGCGAGCUUUGGGCUGUGGUUGGUCAGACUGACAUGUCUGUCAGCUUGAUUGACAGUUUUGUGGUUCAAUCAGAAGGAAAUGUUUGUUUUUAGCUCGUGGGAAAAUUUCUAGAAAACAAAGUUUAAAGAAAAUGACAAGAUAAACGAUAAACGUCGUAGUGAGGUGAGAGCGUUCUGGUUUUAAAGAGCAGGAUGUUCUGAUUUAUGACAGUGGGUGGAGUUACCUGACGGCGUCUUCAGCUUCAUGAGUCGCUCAUGUCCGCAGCGCGUUUAAAACGUGUUUAAAACGUGUUUAAAACGUGUUUAAAAUCUUAAAAAUGAUUAAAAUACGUCGGUGAAAUAUUCAAACACGCCGUUUCAGACCUCCUCUAACCCCCCAGAGAAAAAUCUGUUGUUUCAUCUCGUCCUCGUGAAGUUGGAGGCUGAGGCUCACCGAACAGGAAGUUAAAAGUUUUAGUUAUGAAUCUGUAAACAAACCGAGUUUGUCGUGGAAAUAUCCUGGUCAGCUGUCGUCUGAUUGGCCGCCAUCCAUUCAGCCAUUUUGUCUCCGUCAGGUGAAAUCUGACGACAUGAAGAUCAUUCCCAAACAAGAAACACUCACAGGCAGGGAUCAUGUGUGCAGCUGCCGCCACCUACAGGCGGGAGGCCAGAAUGCACUUCCUGUUCCUCCUCUGUUUGAUUUGAUCUGGAUUCUGUAGAUGAGGUUCUGAACCCGGUCUCUGUCCCCCCCCCCAGGGUCACUCCAAGGGUCCGUUCCUGGUCAGCGCCCCGCUCUCCACCAUCAUCAACUGGGAGAGAGAGUUCGAGAUGUGGGCGCCCGACAUGUACGUGGUGACCUACGUGGGAGACAAGGACAGCCGCGCCGUCAUCCGAGAGAACGAGUUCUCCUUCGAGGACAACGCCAUCCGAGGAGGGAAGAAGGCGUCCAGGAUG